AUGCUGAGACGACCUCCAACCAUCAUCUCUCUGACCGAAGAUGAUCUACAAUUCCACCUGCAGCGGAUCUCCGCUCGGUCCCUCCCAGUCAACAUCGACGAACUGAGCCUGGCGGAGACCGACCAGAACUAUGCUGAACAAGAAGAUCCCAAUCCCACCACCACAACCUCUGAGAAACAACCCCCGAAUGAUACCAAUUCUACCGGCCGGCUCGAUCAGCUUUGCACUUUGCAUGGCUCGACCUCGGGUCCCUCGUGCAUGAUUUCGACGGCAGCUCGGACGCACCCAGCGACCCUCCCUGCUUUGAUGAUGAAUGGUUCGACCCACCGAACUAUUGUUGACCCAACCCGGGCUCCCAUACCUGCUGCCACCACGGCCCAACUGAUAUCAUCUAAUCUCCCGCAGACUCGAGCUUCCCGGCUUCGAGAACGCUCGCCCUCGCAUGCUAGGCCCGAAUUGACCAUCCCACCGCAAGAGUUCUUGAAUCACCACAUUCUUCCAUCCCCCAACGGCAAGAAAGAAAAUCACCGUCACAGUCAUCCCCAGGAUGCAUUGACCACUCUAAAGAAGGAUGAGUCGCGGCUUUCUACGUCCCAGUCUUCCCAACUGUCGCCCAGUGCCGCGCCCAGUGCCUUACCGGAUCUGACCAUCAAUCUUGUUCCACAGCGGGACCUAGCCUUAGCGCCUGAAGAGUCUUACGAGGCAGGCUUGGCCAACACAGAAGUCUCGCCCACUAUGGAGAAUACCAACUAAGAUUUUGACGCCAUUCCCACCUGCUUUAGUGUUGGAAGCCUUCUGUGCGGAUCGAAAGUGUGUCUAAAUCUCCGGCGGUGGCGUGUUUUCAGAUUACGCGCGGUCUGCGCUUGCGAGACACAGGCAUCAUUAUACUGCUAAAUAUUAAUACCUUGUGGCUGGGCUGAUUGCAUGUUUCCUGGCUGUGUGCUUCUAGGUCAAUUCGACG